AUGAAGCUUUGGCUUGCACUUUCCAUCCUGCCUUGUGCCCUGGGAGCCUUGCUCCCUCGGGCAGAGGUACCUGCUCCGCUCAUUCGGGUAAAUGCAGAGUUGAUCAGCGAUGAGUACAUCGUGGUACUCCAUCAGGGUUACACCUUGAGGCAACAUUUCAACCAAAUCGGGCGAGACUUGGAUACCAAUGCAACCUUAUUCUAUCCAAUUGACUCCAUCAAUGGGUAUCGUGCCAAACUUCCCCAUGACCUUCUUCAUAAUCACAUCCGGUUUGACCCAGGUGUCGAGUUUGUCGAACAAGACCAGACGAUCAGCCUCAUCAACCCCGUCGCUGCGGGUGAAGAUAAAGUCCCCGAAAGCGACUUGGGCCAAGAGAAGCCUGGAUUUGUCCAUGCCCCCUUGAAUCGUCUGCGUAACUUCCGCCGAGACAACUGGUGGCACUGGCAGAUCAACCACCGAAGCGGUGCAUGGUAUGAUGUUCAAAAGACGUACGGAAAGAAGCACAAUUCCAUGUGGUGGUGGACAAAACAGAGAUGGCAGGUUUUGGACGGCGCUGGAGUAGGUUUUACCUAA